UUUGGUUGUUCCUAGAGUUAUUUGCCUCCGAAAACAACGUUCGACUCAGCUCAUCACCAUCGGUGUACUUACUACGGCUGCCUAGUUCCACUGAUUCAAAUCCCCGGGGAGAGCUUUGGCGGGACCGGGUUUUGCUACCUCUAUUCAUCCCUCACCAUGUCCUCAUCCAAAGCCCAUCCUCCGGAGCUCAAGAAGUUCAUGGACAAGCGGAUUAGUUUGAAAUUGAAUGGUGGUCGCAAUGUGGAAGGCGUGCUUCGAGGAUUCGACCCGUUCAUGAAUCUGGUUUUAGACGACAGUGUGGAGCAAGCCAAAUCCGGAGACAGGAAGAACAUUGGCAUGGUCGUCAUACGAGGCAACUCUGUGGUCAUGCUCGAUGCCAAAGAUCGCAUCUAACCCCGAACUUAACCCCUUUCCCAUUUUCUUUGGGUAUUCGUUUGGUGGCUUCAACCUCAAAAGGACCCUAUAUUCCCUUUGUAUGUCAUAGGGUUCUUUCGGAAAAUGUUCGAGUUCCUUGUAAUAAAAACCAGAAAAUGAU